UCAUUUAAAAACAAUUUCUAAAAACUUCAAAAUUUCUCAUUGGCGAUCAGUGGCAUAAAAACCUUUCACUUCUUUCUCUCCUCCACAAUUGUGCAAAAUUUCAGCUAUGGUGGGAGGUGGUGGCAGUAAUUCCGAUAUCUCCUUUGCUGGCACUUUCGCCAGUAGUGCUUUCUCUGCAUGUUUCGCUGAGAUAUGUACUAUUCCUCUGGACACUGCCAAAGUUAGGCUUCAGCUUCAAAAGCAAGCUGUAGCAGGUGACACGAUAAACUUACCUAAAUAUAAGGGUAUGCUGGGAACAGUUGGAACCAUUGCCAGGGAAGAAGGUCUUUCAGCACUCUGGAAGGGAAUUGUGCCAGGGUUACACCGUCAAUGUUUGUAUGGAGGUUUAAGAAUUGGGUUAUAUGAGCCUGUGAAGAAUUUGUAUGUUGGGAAAGACCAUGUUGGAGAUACUCCAUUGGUGAAAAAAAUUCUAGCUGCAUUAACAACUGGUGCUGUAGCAAUUGCAGUGGCAAAUCCUACUGAUCUUGUCAAAGUUAGACUUCAAGCAGAAGGAAAAUUGCCUCCUGGCGUGCCAAGGCGCUACACUGGAUCAUUGAAUGCUUAUUCAACAAUUGUGAAACAGGAGGGAGUCAGAGCACUUUGGACUGGCAUUGGCCCCAAUGUCGCAAGAAAUGCUAUCAUUAAUGCUGCUGAGCUAGCCAGCUAUGAUCAAGUGAAAGAGACCAUUUUGAAAAUUCCAGGCUUCACUGAUAAUGUUGUCACACAUCUUCUUUCUGGUCUUGGGGCGGGUUUUUUUGCAGUCUGUAUUGGCUCUCCAGUUGACGUGGUCAAGUCCAGAAUGAUGGGAGAUCCUAGUUACAAGAGCACCAUUGAUUGUUUCGUCAAAACAUUAAAAAAUGAUGGACCUUUAGCCUUUUAUAAGGGAUUCAUACCAAAUUUCGGACGGCUAGGAUCUUGGAAUGUGAUCAUGUUUUUAACUCUAGAACAGACUAAAAAGUUUGUCAAAAGUUUGGAAUCAGCCUAAGCUCAAACAAGCAAAGUAGAAUUUUAUGAGAAGGGUCACAACUGGUGGUGCAAACAGAUAUCACAGGAAAAUAAAACUUUUCUUCUCUUCGAUUUCCCUACUGUGACGAGUGAACUGUUUUUUGGCGGAGUAGAAAUUAGGCAUUAAUAAAUGAUGAUUAAACUUGUCGCUCAUGCUAGCUGUUAAAGUUUCAAAUCGCUGUUUUAUUUGUUUGUAAUUCUCUUUCAAUAUUACUCCAAACUGAAUAAUUGUUCGGAGAAGUUUGACAAAAAAUGCAACAAUACUUAGUGGCAA